AUGUUGCACAGCUUCGUGGCAGCAAGAUUACUGCCACGGCCACCAGCUUGGGCAACGUAUGCCCAACGUGUCGCACCAUCGCUAGCCACGACACCAUUCUUAGCCCUCCAUAUACAGGCUAACGGAGCUGAAACCCAAUUCACUAUCGGGCAAGGCCGUCCCAAUCUUUUUGUCAUCUCGCAUGAAAAGCCGGAUAAUGAAUAUCUCAUACUCAAUCAUCCUUCACAAACGAACACAGAUCCUGCGAGGACAUUGACUGUCGUACCCCCUCUCCCAUUUCAGCAUCCUCUAUACCUCUCCAUUAUGCCACGCAUAAACGCAGGGUUCCUGAGUUCGCAAACAUAUAAACGACUCGUCAAAGUUGAACAAUACCAAUUGGAUCAACCAAGUAUUGAACGCCUUCUCAACGCGUUAAAGGAAGCAGGACAUUCAAUUCCGGGUGUUCGAAAAACAGGGAACGGGGGGGAAGCACCGCCAGGAUGGGAUUCAUGGAGCGGGGACUCUCCCAGGGAACAGCCACGAAUAUUUGUUCUGCCUCGCUAUGUUCCACUCUCCUUCGACCUGGUUCCCUUCAAAGCACUUCCUGCCCCUCUGGACACGAGUGUGUUUAUGCAAAUAGCAUUAUUUCGCCAAUUCUACUUGGAUUACACAUGGGAAGGGUGUAGACUUGUUAUACAGUACAUCGAAUCCAUGCGAAAGGCCCUACCUCGCUUAUCAUCGUCGGGUAAAAUAUUUCGAGCACCUGCGCUAACGACAGGUCGAGACCCUGACCCACCGAUCAAUACGGUCAGACCUUCGCUCGCGCAUUUAGCAUCUUUGCCUAUACCCCACGACGGAGACCCUCAAGUAUGCGAAGAGGACGAGCUAGCAGAUGAUUGGAAAGAUGAGGAAGACCUACCCGUUCUUGAGAUGGAAAUGGCUCCCGUGGUCUCGUGUGUUGAAGCGGGGAAGAUAAAGGUCAUCGCGCUAGACUGCGAUGCUAUACUUGUAAAUGGUCCUUUGCAAGAGGCACUGAUCACUAUAUUCCCAUCUGCUGUGUACCAGGAAGGAGCUAAUGGACUUGAUUCUCCCCGUGCGAUCGUCCAGAAGAUCGCCCGUUAUCUUGGCGCGACAGAACCUCAGUCAGUCUCCCAGGAUGUGCUCGCUCACCUAUCAAAGCCGAGCCUUCACGUUGAUGCUCUCACUUCCAUCUCGACUUUAGUCCAAAAUGGAUAUAGCGUCUUGGCCUUACCAGGUGCUAAGAACCGUGACAUUGUCUCUCAAGUCCCCGUAGUGACACCCAACUUACACGGCGUUGCAGAACCAGCAGCUCUAGCAGGUUUUCCUACUACUUUCAUCAAACGUCACGGGAGUCGGAGCGCUAAGCUCACCAUACCGACCGUUGUGCCGACCUACACAGUGGCCGGUAUGGAGCACAUCUUACCGUUAUUGCUGGAGCCUACCUACACUCCGCCUGCACAGAAGCCCGAAGUUCUGCAAAACUUCCUCCCUUUGAGGAUACGAGGCUGCUACCAGGUCACGUUCACGCUCGGCACCGGUUCCUAUGGAUGUGUAUGGAAUGCAAUCCAACUCAGUACCGGAGCGGGGGUUGCUAUCAAGGUGGAGGUCAAUAAAUCCUCAACAUUAUCGUACGAGGCAGCGAUCUAUGCACAACUAGAGGGCGUGAAAGGCAUCCCGGUGGUCCACUGGGCAGGUUUAGAAAAUACUGCGCAAGUGCUAGUCAUGGAUAAACUCGGACCAACUCUCGAAAAAUUUCGUCGUGUUUGUCGAGGAGCAAUGUCAUUGAAGACGGUUCUCAUGCUUGGAGAACAAAUGCUCACAACCAUUGAAGAGGUUCACUCUCGUGGAGUUAUCGUACGCGAUAUCAAUCCAGAUAAUUUUGCGAUGGGUUUGCUUGAGGAUUAUAAGCGCCUUUAUCUAUUUGAUAUGGGACUGUGCAAGCUAUUCUUGGACCCAACGACAGGCAAACAGGGAAGGACGAGGAGCCGACGCGAUGACAUCGAAGCGAUCGGCAAUCUGCUUCUCUAUCUCCUCCAUGGCCAACUCCCCUGGCAAGGCAUAUACGCACCUGACAUACCUUCCAAACUCAGACAUAUUGGGGAAAUGAAACGUGGCAGGCCUUUCACAGACCUACUCUCUAACUCCCCACCCGUUUUCACGCCAUUCUUUGAGCACUGCAGAUCUCUUGCAUUCGAGGACAAACCAGACUAUGCGUAUUUGAGGUGCGUUCUCCGACAGACCAUGGAAGAAAAAGGAUGGGAGUAUGACUGGGAAUAUGAUUGGUGGUCUCCUGGAGAGCGGGGUACACUCCUCCCAGAAGAGUACAAGUUUGAGGAGCGCUUCUUAGAACCUGUGCGUCGCUAUCAAAAUGUAUUGUGA